UGACCUAUAUAUCAGGUAGAGUAUGUGUGUGGGGAUGUAGUAGAGCAGCAGAAAUCCUUUCUACAGACACAGAGACAGGAGGAGAGGAGAGUGGAGCAGCAGCAGCAGCAGAAAUCCUUUCUAUAGACACAGAGACAGACAGUUGAGAGGCAGGAGAGAAGAGGAGAGUGGAGCAGCAGCAGAAAUCCUUGCUAUACACACAGAGACAGUUGAGUUGCAGGAGAGGAGAGUGGAGCAGCAGAAAUCCUUGCUAUAGACAGAGACAGUUGAGUUGCAGGAGAGGAGAGUGGAGCAGCAGAAGUCACAAGAGAAUCAGUGUGAGGAGCAUCAGGCAGGGGGAUUAUAAGGAAACAAAAGAGAGAAGAGGGGGAGGAGACAGCAAGGAACCAAGUCAGAGACUGCAAUCGGCACUGCUCCCCUCACACACUCAUACACAUCUCUCUCUCACUCUUUUCUUUUCCUCCUCGGCCUUCUUCAUCCUCCCUUCCUCCUCAUCACUGCUCCCUCCCCUCUUCUCUGUGUCUUCCCAUCCCAGUCUCCUGCUUUAUUUUCCGCCUGCCAUUUCUGCACUCCUCCCCCUCUCCUCUCUCUCUCUCUCUCGCUCUCUCUCUCUCUCUCUCUCUCUCUCUCUCUCUCUCUCUCUCUCUCUCUGUCUCCCUCUCUCUCUGUCUCUCUCUCUCCAUCCCUUCCUCCCCCUCCUGGCUUGUCUUUUAUUUAUUUAUUUUGGGCUGCUCUCCUGUCUCUCCCUCUUUCUCUGUUUUCCCUUUCUGCCUUGUAUUGCUGUGUCUGUAUUUUUUGAGGUGCAUCUGGGGGCUCCCUUUUGCAGUGCUUGUAGUGCAGGUAGUGGGGUCCCCCCCUCACUCUCCUCCUGCCUCAGGCUGUACCCCCAUCCUUGCCCCACAGUGUCCCCCUGUGCUCUCAGCCUGCAAUGAUGAUGGCAGCAAUUCCCAUCCAGCAAAACGGGACCCACAUCGGUGUCCCCAUAGAUCUUGAUCCCCCAGACUCCAGGAAGAGACCCCUGGAAGCACCCCCGGAAGCUGGAAGCACAAAGAGAACCAAUACUGGAGAAGACGGACAGUUUUUCCUGAAGGUCCUCAUUCCUAGCUACGCUGCUGGAUCUAUCAUAGGCAAGGGAGGGCAAACCAUCGUCCAGUUGCAGAAGGAGACUGGGGCUACCAUCAAGCUGUCCAAAUCCAAAGAUUUUUACCCAGGAACCACAGAGCGAGUCUGUCUGAUUCAAGGCACCGUCGAAGCUCUCAAUGCCGUCCAUGGAUUCAUUGCAGAGAAAAUACGAGAGAUGCCACAGAAUGUGGCCAAGACUGAACCCGUCAGCAUCCUGCAGCCACAAACUACAGUCAACCCUGACCGAAUCAAACAGGUGAAGAUCAUUGUUCCGAACAGCACAGCCGGUCUGAUUAUUGGAAAAGGUGGAGCCACUGUGAAGGCUGUAAUGGAGCAAUCGGGCGCCUGGGUACAACUUUCCCAAAAGCCCGAUGGCAUCAACCUGCAGGAACGGGUAGUGACUGUGAGCGGGGAACCUGAGCAGAACCGCAAGGCAGUAGAGCUGAUUGUGCAGAAGAUUCAAGAAGACCCACAGAGUGGAAGUUGCUUGAACAUCAGUUAUGCCAAUGUUACCGGACCUGUAGCCAAUUCGAACCCAACAGGAUCUCCAUAUGCCAAUACUGCUGAGGUCCUCCCUACGGCUGCUGCAGCUGCAGGGCUUCUUGGACAUGCCAACCUUGCUGGGGUGGCAGCAUUUCCAACCGUUCUCUCUGGUUUCAAUGGCAAUGAUCUAGUUGCCAUCACAUCAGCCCUUAACACUUUGGCCAGUUAUGGCUACAACCUCAACACUCUAGGUUUAGGAUUGAGUCAAGCAGCGGCCACAGGAGCACUUGCAGCUGCUGCUGCCAGCGCUAAUCCUGCUGCAGCUGCAGCAGCAAAUCUAAUAGCUACAUAUGCAAGUGAAGCAACGGUAGGGGGUGGACCAGCAGGGGGAGCGGCGGGGACCUUUGCUCUGGGAAGCCUAGCUGCUGCCACUGCAGCUUCCAAUGGAUAUUUUGGGGCUGCGUCCCCCCUAGCUGCUAGUGCCAUCCUGGGGACUGAGAAGUCAACGGACGGCUCAAAGGACGUAGUAGAAAUUGCAGUCCCAGAAAAUCUGGUAGGGGCCAUUCUUGGCAAAGGAGGAAAGACAUUGGUGGAGUACCAGGAGUUGACUGGCGCUAGGAUACAGAUUUCCAAAAAGGGGGAAUUUGUCCCCGGCACCAGAAACCGAAAAGUAACCAUUACAGGCACCCCCGCUGCAACACAAGCCGCACAGUAUCUAAUCACGCAACGAGUCACUUACGAGCAAGGUGUCCGGGCAGCCAACCCACAGAAAGUGGCUUAAACGCCCUCCACCCACCCCAGCCCCUCACCCUUACCUGGAUGUUAACUUAAUUGUCCCCCUCCCCUUCUUCUUUUCAUGGAUGUACUGUAUUUUUGCAGGAGCGAUUUAUAUUUUAUUUGAAUUUUCCUUUUGGUUUUCAUUUUGUUACUGGCAGGGGAAGUGCGCGUCGGGUUAUUAAUAUAUUAUUAUGCAAAUGAACGCAACAGUGUUGACAAAGCGCAUCUGUAAAUAAUACAUGUUCUGCGGAUGUUUCAGAGAGGGAUUUUUUUUAGUGUUUUUUUAAAUUUUUUUAAUUUUAAUUUUUUUUUUUAUUUGAAGAUUUUUGACAAGUUAUCUCUCUCUCUUGUGUAGGUUUUAUUGUUUACGCGUCAAAAGAACGUUUUUUGAAGCCUGCCAUUUUACCAGCAUCGUUGUAGUCGAACAUGAACUGAAUGUAAACAUGAAGUGGCGCGUAGGUUUUUUUUUUAACCCUGUCGGUGCUGAAGAGUCCAGUAGUACAUUGCAGAGCCACGUGUUACUGGUCCCAUCAGAGCCACAAGGUAAUCAGUAUUAGUCCUAGGUGACACUCUAACUGAACUACUGUAUUGCUGGGAAACAGCAGGGGAAUUGGGUGGGGGAGAUACCUAUUAAAAAAGGGAGUAAGGAAAAAUCAAAAGCACUGUCCAACUUCACUCUCACGUCCUGCCCGGGGGCGGCAGGUCACGAGGGGUGGGGGGGAAGUUUUGGAAUAAUAAUAAAAAAAAGAAAAAAUAGUUUUAAAUUAAAACAAAAAAUAUAUAUAUAUAUAUAUAUUAUCAAAAAGCAAUAUAGUUGCAAAAAAAAGCACUGUAAAAUAUAUAUUAAAAUGGUUAAAACUGUGGAAAAAAGAACCUUUUUGAUAAGUUUACAGAUCAGUGUCUUCAUAACAACCUGUAUAAUGAUGAAUAUUCCGGCUGGCCAGCCUACAGAUAUAUCAUUUUAUAAUCCGCGGAUCCCACCUGGGUUACCUCUUCUGAUGGGUGGCAUCUGAUUUUUGCAUGAAAUUGUGUGAAUUUUAAGUUUUCUCCUUCAUUGGGUUUUCCUUUUGCUUAAAUCCUUAAGAUAUCCAGUCUCGGGCCCCUUGUAGUUUCAAGAUUGUUUUAUGCCACCUUUGAUUUCCCUUCUUCUUCUUCUUCUUCACUCUGUUGAUGUGGCCUUCAUCGUUGUCUGGAGAAAGAAACCAGUUUUCACAAUGUGAAGAUGGCUCCCGUAACUUACAAGGGCAAGCCAAUAGCUUUUGAGAUGGCAUUCCAAUAGAGUUUCCAGGUGAUGUACAUGUGAGUGUUCGUGCUCAUUUUCUUAAAUUUUUUACUUUAAGCCACUUUAUCUCAUGUGUUCUGUAAAUAAGUACACAUCAGAAAUACUUUCUACCACUGCCACCAGUAAUGUACAUUUCUGCCAAAGUCUUCACUUCAGCUAUGAGUUUCAAGCCUCGUUCCCAGUGAAGACUACUAUCAGGGUGAAGAAGCAAGUAGCAGCUGUAGUUCCAUUUAAUGGUUUCAUUUUUGGGUCAACUUGACCCGGCUGCAGUGUCUGGCCAGCCAUGCACCAGUUGAUCCAUUAACAUCCUCCCCUUUAGACAUAGAGCUGUGCUGUGAGCGUAUUGGAUAUUUUCUAAGCCAAACUACGCACAUACACAAAAUUAAAGUGCCAACUGUUAACUGAUGAGGUUUCAUUAUGUGCAACGACUUAGCGAGGGCGUUGCCUUUUAAAAUGCUUCUGAUGUAUAAUUUUAACACUAGCGAUCUCUUAGUGUUGUCAAUGUAGAUUUUACUGUGAACAGUAUCUGUGAUUUUUAGCUGUUUUUGAUCUCUCCGGGGCAAGGCUAAAGCAGCCGCCGCAGGCUCCGAUAGUCGUUUACCUGCAUGUUCUUUUUCCGUGGGGCAUCUUUAUGUCGGCUUCAGUCAGUACUUCCCUGCAUGCUCGUUUAGCUGAGGUAGAGUUCAUUUCCGGCGUGUGUCUACCUGUCGCAGCGCAGGUUCCUCCAAAGGCCAUUCUUUUCUUUUACUUUUAGAAUAAGCACUUUUUAUGUUUUCCUUCAUUUUUGUUCUCCAAUUGUCACCACCUCCAUGUUUCCGAGUGCCAACUAGCCAGAUCAUCAUGUUAACCUCUGCAUUUGGGCCACCUCAAGCCACUGAAAACGUGGCUGUUCAUAAACCCAGCAUCUUCUCAUGCUAUGCAUGCAGUCGUAAAAAAAAAUUCAAUGGACAAGAGAGUCAUUUAAAAAAAAAACACAAAAAAACAUAAAAAAAUAGUAAAUAAUAAUACUAAAAAAACUAAAAUGCUGGCUACCUCUGGAUCAUCAGGCUGAGAAACCCCAAACAACAGUUUUCCUUCCAUGUCAACUUCAACCCAUUGAUAACGUCCAUCAUAACCAACUCAGUGACAUUUUUUGCUGCUCCUCUUGUGCAACCAAUAACUGAACAAUGAUUGUGAUGUCCUCUCGUCUGGCUUCUCGUCCAGCAUUUCUCUUUCUGAACUGUGAUCCUUUAUUAUAAUUUCGUUCUCUUUACCUUUUAUUCUGUUCAUCGAAACUUAAAAAAUGACCUACAUUACCAUGUUAGUUUGACAACCAUGUCCCGUUUUGGUGGACACCUGGAAUUUUGGAGAAAUGAUUUACCAACUCCCGUUCUUUCCCACAUUUCCUUCAUUUCCCACCCUCCUUCCCUAGUUUCCCUCAUUCUUCCUUUUUCCCUGUUGUAGCCCGCUGUUCUAAACGUUUCCGCUGUAGGAUGGGGCCUGUUAUGCAUUGCUGCGUUCAACCGUGGAAUGCGUAGUAGACCUGUCCAACUGGAAGGCCCUCCAAUCUGAUGAUCAACUCAAUGAUUCUGUUAUCUCUUCUUUUCCUUCCAUUUUCACUUUCUCUUUGAUUACAGAAAACCAUUUUCAAGAAGAGAAAACUGAUAUAUAUUAAAAAAGGAAUGAUACUGCUUGUUUUUUUUUUUCUUUUCUUCUAAAAGUGGAAAGAGCAAUUCUGUCGUACAACUGUGUUUUAAUUGGUAAUGGUUAUUUAUCGUUAAUAGUCUCUGUAAGUUUUUAUGACAAUACAGUGUAACUAGUGGUUAGCCGAUGAUGCGAAUAUAUUUACUCAUAUCAUUAUAAAUGUGCUUUGUUCAUCCUGUA